AUGCGCUCGCAUCGAGUCGGAGUGUUGCCGUCGACGACCGAUUCGAACAAGAAUGGGAAUCUAAAGAUGCGCCGUGGCUCCUCUCAAUCUCAGCACUCACAUCAUUCCGAAGAUGGCUCGAGCACGGCGAGAACGACAAAGGAAAGAGAACAGAAAUAUUCAAAGAAAGAGCUGAAAGAAUGGAAACAACUCUUUGGAAUGUUUGACACUGAUGGAUCGGGCGCUAUCGGCAGCGAGGAGUUGAAAAGAGCGAUGAAAGCACUCGGCGUUGGGAUGAGUGAUGAACAUAUUGAGAAUAUUAUCAAAGAGGUGGACUCGGACGGGAAUGGAGAGAUCGAUUUUGACGAGUUUUGCGCAUGUAUGAAAAAGUCACAGACUCUAGCCAAAGUGACGAAUGAUGAGACGAUUCGGGAAUGCUUUGACAUUUUUGAUCAAGAUCGAAACGGCAUCAUUACCGAGAACGAGUUUAAGUACAUUGCGAAGACAUUUGGCGAAUUCAGUGAUGAGUUAGCUGAAAAGCUCGACGUUUCCUCAGUUGGCCAUUUGUCGAUCGAUCAAUUCGCCGCAAUUGUCGACGAUUACCUCUUCUCGGAUCGCGCCGACAGUCAACUCGAGAAAUUCGGUGACGUCACAGAAUUUCCCGAAAAACCCGACAAAUCCCAGCAAAAACUCUUCGAUGAGCUCCAGGAUUCGCAGAAAUUCCCGGGAAAUCGUUUCCCCGACAGUCGAACCAAUUCAACGAUCAUCGAAGAGAUGCUCAGCGAUUUAGAGGAUCAA